UUACACACCGGGUGACUGCAGAAAAGCCUUACCAAAAAUUGCCUACCCCAUACCACUUUCUUAAUUUUUUUCAAACAACUAUGACAGCCAUCACUAAACUGCAAAGUCGCCAUUUUUUUUCUUUGCCGAAUAUCUUGAGUUCGAAAAAGCACUAUUCUGAGAGAAAAUUGUUAACUUUUUCACAGAACCAACUCUAUAAUGUUGUCUCCAAUGUCGACGAUUACCAAAAUUUUAUACCCUUUUGUACAGACUCCAAAGUGUAUACAAAUAAGCAGUUAGAUAACGGGGUCAAUGUGAUGACUGCAGAGCUCAGCGUCGGGUUCAAACUGUUCGAAGAGAAGUACAUGUCCAAAGUCACUUGUAACAAACCUCAUUCUGUUACUGCAGUUGCAGCUGAUGCAAAGCUUUUCAACGAUAUGACAACAACUUGGAAAUUCACCCCCAACGUUCCUCAUGCCAAGUUAAAUUCGCCAGAAGCUUCCGACCAUCCCACUUGUUGGGUUGAUUUUAGCAUUGGUUUUGAUUUUGCCUCGCCUCUUCAUGCUCAAGCUUCAACCGUAUUUUUUGAUCAGGUAUCAAAAAUGAUGCUGCAAGCUUUUGUUGAUAGAUGUCAAACAGUUUAUAGAAAAUAGAAUUAGACAAAAAGUUUACGACUAAAAUUAUGUGUGCUUACGUAAGAAAUAUGCAUCGCACUGGUCUUUAAUCCUAAUAAAAGUUAUUAGUAGUGGGUUUAGUUAGUCCAUAUUUUUGCCGACACACGAAUGCCACCAGAACACCGAAAUCAAUUAUCGCGUUAUCCACUUACCCAACAUUAAAAAGUAAGAGUAAUCACGCUCAAGGAUACAAUAAAUUGACUUCCUUGUACUACGCUCCGUUAACUACUCGGGCUAGAUCAAUACGCUGGUAAAAAAGUGUUCGCCACGUUGUGGGCUUACUGAACUGUGGAUGAAAGAGAAAGGGAAAAUGCGGGAAGAGCGCUUUUUUUUUCUACAUUGGACAAAUUGUUGUGUCAUAGUACAAUUGCUGAUUGUAAGUGUUCCUCUAGUCAUACUUCCUGCAUUUUGUAGAUUUGACAGUUCCCCAAUUUUGAUAAAACUACUCGGAGUAUAAUCUUUACGUUUCC